ACCCACGAGAACAUAACCUACCGAUUUGUCGUGUGUUUGAACCUCGUCCCACCCCUUUCGCCAAGCGUUGGGAGUCUGAGAUCGAGCUUUAACCUUGGCUUGUUUUUGCUGCUUGUCAGUGUAACGCGGUGGCCACAGUAGAAAUGAAGACGGUUACCUUUGUCUCGCUAUGCUUGAUUCUGGGGCUAUUGGAAGGAUUGGAAGUGUCUGGUACAGGGGCAUGCUUCUCUUAUUUUGAAUUCACAUGCGACGAUGGAAGCUGCAUCACCAAAUCCUGGAGAUGCAACGGCGCAAUUGAUUGCAAGUCUGGUUCUGACGAGAGAGGUUGUCCAACAAAGCCGGGGCUCGCACCCACUACUAUACCAACACCGGCAUGUGGUUCGGAUUUCUUUUAUUGUCCAUACAACAAAAAACCUUGCCUCCCACGAGCAUGGGCCUGUGAUGGUAUUCCGUAUUGCAUUGAUCCAUCAGGAAAUGCUACGGACGAGUUUCCGUUGAACCCCAACUGCACAGAUCCUGCUGCAACAGUCGCGCCUGUUACCCUGCCACCGGCAUCGUCCAUACAGUGGCACAAUUGUUCAAGCCCAAGCUUCGAGUAUGCAAUUCUUUACAGCGGAAAGACGAGCUUCAGCCAGGCUGAAACGCACUGCAGAGCUGUGGGAGGGCACAUUGCAACACCACAUACAACAACUGAGGAUAGGUGUAUAAGCAACCUCAGGAAAGCCGUGAACAGCAGCAAGGUGUGGCUUGGCAUCCGCCACUUCAGCAACAUCGGUUGGCGUAGCGUCGAGACGAACACCACACUCAAACACUAUAGCGGCUUUCACCCUGGGCUCCCGGUACUUGUCCGCCAAAUGUGCGCUAUGCAGCACGGUUCAGGGUUAUGGAAUCAAUUUCCUUGCGACAACGCAUACGGAACUCAUAUCGUAUGCCAGCGACAAGUCAAUGAUGCAGCACAGCCCGCCAAUUUCACACUAUCACCAACGACUGCAGUGGAAUGGGAAGAGUGCACGGACUUAAAUGGGAGGUUUAAUAGAGGGAUCCAACAUAUGAGUGCAAGUCGAACACAUUACAAAGACUACACCCUGCUGCACACUGGAAACGUGACCUUCGCAAAGGCCAGGGCACUUUGCGAGAAAGCCGGAGGCCACCUUCCUCAGCCGGUGGAUGGUUUUGACAAUAGCUGCGUCUUUCUUCGGAGCAAUUACGCACCUAUAUGGCUCGGGGUGAAGAGCAUGGAUGGAGAAUGGAAUGCUAUCGAUGCAAGAAAUGCAACACAAUCCAGUGAGUCCACACUACCAUACACCAACUGGCGCUACGGAUACCCCAAGAACAUGACGGCAGAAUCGUGCGCCGUGAUGCAUGGAUACCGGUCGCUUCAUGAGUGGACGAGUCGUGCCUGCGAUGAUGUGAUUGUUCAGCACGUCGUCUGUCAGCGAAACGGGAGGCUAAAUCCAAGACAUCAUGCGUAUUCGCCACCGAAGAACACGACGGAAGAAUGGAAAGAGUGCACGAUAGGUGCAAAGCAAACCCAUUACAAAGACUACGCCCUGCUGUACACUGGAAACUCGACCUUCGCAGAGGCCCGCGCACUUUGCGAGAAAGCCGGAGGCCAACUUCCUCAGCCGGCAGAUUAUCUGGACAAUCAUUGCGUCUAUCUUCAGAGCAAACACGUGCCCAUAUGGCUCGGGGUGAAGAGCAUGGACGGAGAAUGGAAUGCUAUCGGCGCAGGAAAUGAAUCGCAAUACACGAAUUCCACGCAAUUAUACACCUAUUGGCGGCAUGGUUACCCCAAGAACGCGACCAGCGCACCGUGCGCCGUGAUGCAUGGAUACGAGUUUGACGCCCGCUGGACAAAUCACCCCUGCGAUGACGUCAUUGUUCAGCACGUCGUCUGUCAGCGAAACGGGAGGUUAAAUCCAACACAUCACUCGUACGUGCCACCGAAGACGACGGCGACGACAGCGCCACCCACGACUGUGCCGAGGACGACUGUACCGAGGACGACUGUACCGAGGACGACUGUACCGAGGACGACUGUACCGAGGACGACUGUACCGAGGACGACUGUACCGAGGACGACUGUACCGAGGACGACUGCACCGAGGACGACUGUACCAAGGACGACUGUACCGAGGACGACUGUACCGAGGACGACUGUACCGAGGACGACUGUACCGAGGACGACUGUACCAAGGACGACUGUACCGAGGACGACUGUGCCGAGGACGACUGUGCCGAUGACGACUGUACCAAGGACGACUGUACCGAGGACGCCUGUACCGAGGACGACUGUACUGAGGGGGACUGGACCGAGGAGGACUGCACCUAUGACGAAAAGCCCAGCCCCGCCACCGGCGCCACCCAAGACUGUACCCAGGAGGACUGUACAGGUUACGACUGUACCCAGGAGGACUGUAGAGGUUACGACUGUACCGAUGACCAACAGCCCAACUCUACCACCGGUCACGGAGCAAGGGGCAGCAGCGUCAUCACCAAAGACGAAAUUCAUCGUGACCGGCGCAGUGACGGGCUUCGUUGUGCUUGCAAUCUGCACUCUCUUCUUCGUUUCCAAGUCAAACAGUAUGCGGCGCUAUCUUGGAAUGAAGGACAAAGUAGAGGUGGACAAUGUGAGCAUGGGUGUCGUCUCCAUGCAAACAAUAGUCAACUGAAAGCUGAAUCUGCCGAGCGCCCAGUGGUGCGGACUUCAGCUGGACUCUUGUGAAGCCGGUCGUGCAGAAAGCGGUGUAUGCAGUGUUCCGCAGAGGGUACUGCAGGUUUGGGCUUUCUCGGCUUGACGAGCUUCUAUUUUUUGUUUUGUUUUUUUGUUUUUUGUUUGUUUGUUCAUUCCUUGCUACCCAUCCCAAUGUAGUGAUAAAUAUUGGCUGAGAGAGUAUUUAAUAUCGUAGAUUGCAAUGUGCCCGUACGAUUUUUUUGAUCUCGUGCGUGUUUUUGCUUUUUUGUUUCCAACACGCGUUGUUCAUUGUUCUACUACUCCGACUUUCUCUUUUCAAUGUUCUAUGCUAUGGUCCGAUAGGCAGCAAUCUGUGCAAGUAUGUCAAUAUCCUAUCCUAUUCUCUAUGGUACUCUUGAUC